CUUGCAUACAAGAUAAUCGCCACACUGAUGGUAGGGGGUCGCCGUGGCCCGCCGUAAUAUAUGUAAUGUACGCGUUGAAAUAAUCGACUCGAACGUCUUCAAACGUGGAAUCAUUUGUGUCGCGUUCUUAAGUUUUACAGCUACUUCGGUUUAUGUUAUUAAUUAUCAUGAAUUAUGAGGAUGCAAUCUUGUAGAAUAACAAUAUCAUACAAAAGUGCGUUAUUUUACGUUUUUUACAUUUGUGUGUUAUCUCUAAUGAAUAUCCUACGGAGUUGAAAUAGAUCGUUCAACAAUUCGCCAUUCCAAGUUACGCGAUUUGGCAACGUGCGAUCAAUUAAAAAUGAACCAAGUAAUAAUUUAAGUAUACGCAUAUAAAUGUGAAAAGGAGGAGACGUCUUUUUUUCAUCUUAUUUAUAUAUUUCAAGAAUCCACAAAUAAUUCUCAGUUAAUAAUCUUGAAUGGGUGAUGCACGCGUUUUCGAGCAAAGUCGAUGGAAUGCUGUUUUUGUUAUGUUGUGUAAUUACCAUAAUCCAUGGAUUUAAUCUCCAAGAAGCUCUGGAUAUGUCUGGAUGUUUGGCGCUAUGUAGAAAUGAAUCGUGUCGAAAUCAUUGUUUGCAAUCUACGGGCGAGUUUGAGCCUUAUCCGAGAACAAACGAGGAGGCCGGCGCGAAUGUCACUUUACACUGCAGAGGAAUGAACGUGCUAAUAAUUAAACAUAAUCCUGGAAGCUAUGUUAUUCAACAAAGCGUUUCUAACGACACUUGGGGUACAGCCAUAGUGAGCAAUGGCGAACAGUCGAUAUUUUCAAGCUUGGCUCCAGACACACAUUAUCGUUAUCGUUUACAUAGAAUAACACAAUACGGCUUUUCAUUAGCCGAAACAUCAGAUUGGUUUUUAACUUACGCAGUUGACUAUCAACCGAGCCAAGUUGAACAUAUAUCACUUGUAAACAUUCAAGAAGAAAGUAAAAAUGCAAGCCAACUACGAGCAGAAAUUGCUUUUGAAUCUGCUAAAGGUAAUAUACGCGCAUAUGAUAACACUCAAUAUGUGCUUAAAAAAAUUUCUAGUUUUAUUAUAUACUGCAUUGUAGUGAUUAUUAUAUUUUUUUUAGAUCAGAGCUGUAACUAUAAUGUAUUAUCUUGGUCAGGGGAACAUGAUUUGAUCAAUUUUGAUUUAAAAAAGUCUUUAGAUUUCCACUUUUCUCUUAAACACUUACGGUACAAUCAGAAUAAUAGUAUAUCGAUCCGAUCGGGUAAUGAUGAUUUUUCUAAAAUCAGUAGUACAACGACGUUCACUUUUGUCACACCAUCGUGCCUACAAAUUCAUCACAAUUUAAGCAUCUGCGCACCUGAAAAGGUAAAAGGCUUACGAACCGAGUAUAUUCGAAAGCGAAAUGAAGAAUCAUAUGACAUUGCAAUUAAUUGGGAUAAACCCAUUCUACAGCCAGACAAUUACACAUUACAAUUUAAUUCGCUUCGAUUUGAGCCGCGUUCACUAGUUGUAUCUGGAAAUGCAGUCAAAGCUCUCUUCUCGAACGUCGGUGUAAGACUAUGGUAUGAGAUAGAUAUUGUGGCAGAAUCAAUGGGCGGUGUAAGUUUACAAUCGACUAUAUCCGGGAAUAUCGAUGAAGCAUCAGUUACAGAGCCAUUUAAUCGCGAAAUCAUUGUAACGUUAUCAACAUUAGUGAUUAUUGUGCUGGUAUUUGGAAUAAUUUGUAUGCGUCGUCGUAACGAGAAGAAUAAGCGGACUAAUAUAGAAUAUACGCAUUUUGAGGGUUCUAUGGAUUCCUUAAAGAAACCUUUAAAUCGAGAUUAUGCAGUAGAGAAUAGCGAUACUCUUUUGCCUCAUGAUAAAUUUCAACUUGCUCCACAACAGUUGAAGCUUAAAGGUAUAUUAGGUAGUGGAGCCUACGGUAUUGUCAAACUUGCCUCGUUGCGAGAUGAAUUUGGCGCUAUCACAGACGUAGCUGUUAAAAUGAUGAAAGAUAAUCCAACAGUAGAGGACAUAAAAAGUUUUCAUCAAGAGAUUUCAAUGAUGAAAUCCGCUGGUCAGCAUCCGAACAUAGUGUCUUUAAUUGGAUAUUGUACUUUGUACGAUAAACCUUUAUUAGUAGUGGAAUAUUGUAGUAAGGGCGAUUUACAAACCUAUUUAAGAACGAUUUGGCAAAAUAUAGUGAAUGCCGUAUUUGAGUGUAGGACUCACUUGAAAUCUAAUAUCGUAUUUUAUGCCAAUAAGAACACAGAUCAAGAAAAAUGUGUCUCCAACUAUAAGAAUCCGCGAACGAUCGCCAAUCGCUUAUAUGAUAUUCAACAAGAUAUGACAAAAUAUGUAGAAAAUGUUACUUCCGCCGAUUUAUUAAAUUUUGCAAGACAAAUAGCUACAGGAAUGGAAUUUUUAUCUUCUAAUCGAAUAGUACAUCGUGAUUUGGCUGCUCGUAAUGUAUUAGUGCGACCGGAUAGAGUGGUUAAAAUUUCUGAUUUUGGUCUCAGCAGGGAUAUCUAUCAAGAGAAUGUUUAUCGAAAAAGAGGAAAUGGUAAAUUGCCUUUAAAGUGGAUGGCAAUUGAAGCUUUAACGCAUCAAAUAUAUACUACUUACAGCGACGUAUGGGCUUUUGGUAUCUUAUUAUGGGAAAUAGUCACUUUAGGAGCCAUGCCUUAUCCUGGUACUCCGACAAAUAGAAUUUUACAAUUUCUCAAAUCCGGAUAUCGAAUGGAGAGACCACCAAAUUGUAGUCGCGAAUUAUACAGCAUAAUGUAUUCAUGUUGGAAUAUAAGACCACAAAGCAGACCUACUUUCACCGAAUUAAAACAAAGCUUGGAUAAAUUACUCAGUAAUUAUUCGGGAAAUAAAUAUUUGAGUCUAUGCGAUGUUUUAUAUGAAUCAGCUGACGAAAGUAAUGAAAUAAAAUCGAUUAAUGCAUGUUAAUUAUGUAUAGCACAACUAUCAACUAGCUCAUUAAAUUGACUUUUAUCAUACUCGAA